AUGCCCACCCAACGCCGAAAGCCUCAUUCCCACCAGGACGCAGCUACUACACGCCGCCACAAGUACCACCUCCGCUCGAAAGGCCCUGUGGGCCCCGGAACAUUCCAGACUCGCGAGAAACUCACACCGAGGAGACUCUCCAAGCGAGAAAGCUACUCGUUCCGAGUAGGUAUUCGACUCCGCUUGGCUCCCAGAAGACCUGCAAGACCGGACGAUGUCACCAGUACUAAUAGCGGUUCCUGGGAGUCGUCGUCCCAACGGUCAGACGCCGCGUGCAGACCAUACGGCGCUGAUGAGAAUGAGAAUGGAGACGGUACUUCGUUCUAUGUCGAGCAAGUAGUCUAUCAGAGCCUCCCGCACCGGGAAGGUCCCAUCGUUGUCAAUGCUGAAGUAGAAGUCCUCGACAGAGUGCCAAUCGAGGCCAUGAUUGAUGCGAAGUAUAUCCCGUCGGACGAGGAUCCUGAAUUCCAGCGUCGUGCAGACGAUUGGCAGGAUCCAGCCAUUGCGCAUGCUAUUGGAAAUUGCUCUCCUCGUGCAGAAGAGGCAAGCUCCCAGCAGGCCGACCUGACCGAUUUCUUUGAAGCGGUUCGCAGUGACCGAUACCGCAACCACACCGACGCGCGGAUGUUUCUGUUCAUGUGGAUUCUCCUACGGGGAUUCCCUUCCCAACAAAAUGGAGAGAUCUCAUUCCUCGGAGACUGCUACAUCCCCCUGUGGCGCGAACACGCUCACCGCAACGAAGGUGUCUAUUUCGAGUACUACAUCGCGCGAUGGAAGUUCUUCAACGGUGAAGAGCUGAUCAGUCCUCCUUUCGCCAUCUGCACGUGUAACCAUGGAGACGGUCGAGUAGGGAUCGCCCGCUACGAGAUCCCUGCCCUUCUCCUCCAAGCGAACAUGAACGCCAAGCUCGGCACUGAGCACCUCAAACAUCUCACCGCAUAUGUGCUCAGUCUGCAGGGUUGGAACCUCAGGUUCCUCAAGGCCACCAUGCCCGUGCGAGACGCGCAACGGCUCAGUAUCCCCGAGUAUCUGUCCGGGAAGAUCAAGGUGGAAUGA